AGCGCUACGAACGCGCUUUCGGGUUCGGGCCGCGAGAAUCGCAAUACGAGAACCGAGCCCGAGAGUUUACUGUUGCUGAUGCGAAAGUGCCGAAAUAUUCGUUUUAUCGAAUAAGUUGCAGUUAUUAUCUACUAAUAUCGAUAAAUAAUUUUAAAUAAUGGCUCGACGAUACGAUACUAGAACAACGAUAUUCUCGCCCGAGGGCAGAUUAUAUCAAGUCGAAUAUGCCAUGGAGGCAAUAAGUCACGCAGGCACUUGUCUUGGGAUUUUGGCAAACGAUGGUAUUCUUUUAGCCGCGGAAAGACGAAACACCAACAAACUCUUGGAUGAAGUAUUUUUCUCUGAAAAAAUCUACAAAUUGAACGACGAUGUAGUGUGUUCCGUUGCUGGAAUAACAUCCGAUGCUAAUGUGCUCACCAACGAAUUACGGCUCAUUGGUCAGCGAUAUUUGCUGCAAUAUGGUGAAACCAUUCCUUGUGAGCAAUUAGUCUCCUGGCUCUGCGACGUUAAACAGGCCUACACUCAGUAUGGUGGAAAAAGACCAUUUGGAGUAUCCAUUUUGUACAUGGGCUGGGAUCGUCAUUACGGGUACCAGCUUUAUCAAUCUGACCCCAGUGGCAACUAUGGUGGCUGGAAAGCUACUUGUAUCGGCAAUAAUUCUGCUGCAGCUAUUUCCUCGUUGAAACAAGAAUACAAAGAAGGAGAAACUACCUUAAAAGAUGCUCAGGCCCUUGCCAUCAAAGUUUUGUCCAAAACACUGGACAUGACUAAACUCUCGUCCGACAAAGUCGAGAUGGCGACGCUAACACGCGAAAAUGGGAAAACGAAAAUUCGCAUUUUACCAGCAACUGAGGUGACCGCACUCAUCGAAGAACACGAUAAGAUUGAAGCUGCUGCUGAGCAGGCCAAAAAAGAGAAACAAAAGCUGUAAAUUUCAUUAUCACUAGAAUUAUAUGUGCCUGAGCUCAGAUGCGGUGCGAAGAAAAUCAGAGUGAUUUGGUGUCAAUAAAAGAUAUUGCUUUUUUUUUCAACAUCACUCGUUGUAUCAUCAAUAUCUACGAUAUACCGUUUAGGCAACCGAAUUUUUUUAUACUAUAAAUAUCUAUGAAUCUCUC